UUUUUAAAACAAAAUCAGAGAGGUGGCGGAAGUCGAGCAGAAGGAAAACCUUAUCUACUCUGCGUAUCCCUCAAACCCUUCAAAACCAGCAGAUACUCUGCUACUCAUCACUCACUCACUACUGAUUCAUAUCAUGGCUGCCUCUGCCUCUUCGCUUCACUUUCUUUCAUUCACCCCACAAACUACCCUUUCUCUAUCAAAACCCAAUGCCACCCAUCUUAAUUCCCUAUCUUUUCUGUCUCCUCCUCCUCCGUCUCUCACCCGCUGCUUAUCCCUCAAUGCUUUCUCUUCUUUGCACCCGCGGGAGCUUUCCUUGCCUUGGUCCCGCAAAGCGGCCGUUUCCUCUGACUUGGACGAAAUCGGAGUUAUAGAUGGGGAGGAAGAAUUAGAAGACGAGGUUCUCGGCGAUGGAGGUUCCAGUCCCGAGGAGGAGCCCAGUUUCUCCCCUGACCUUAAACUCUUUGUUGGCAACUUGCCUUUCAGCGUCGACAGCGCUGCUCUUGCUGGCUUGUUCGAACGUGCUGGAAAUGUUGAGAUGGUUGAGGUUAUCUAUGACAAGGUUACUGGAAGGAGUAGAGGGUUUGGUUUCGUGACCAUGUCCACAACUGAGGAAGUUGAAGCUGCUGAACAUCAAUUCAAUGGCUAUGAACUUGAGGGGAGGGCAUUGAGGGUGAAUAGCGGGCCACCACCACCUUCUAGGAGGGAGGCGGGCUCUUUUAGAGGAGCCAGAGGCGGGGCAAGUAUUGAUAACACCAAUAGAGUCUAUGUAGGAAACCUUGCAUGGGGCGUUGAUAAUUUGGCUCUGGAAACCUUGUUCAGUGAGCAAGGAAAGGUCGUGGAAGCCAAGGUGGUUUAUGACAGAGACAGUGGCAGAUCAAGGGGUUUCGGUUUUGUAACUUACAGUUCUGCUGAUGAGGUCACAAACGCAAUUGAAUCUUUGAAUGGCGUUGACCUGAAUGGAAGGACAAUCCGUGUAAGCCCUGCUGAAGCUCGGCCUAGGCGAGACUUUUAAGUGACUUCUUGUUUGGUCAUGUUUUUGCUUCUCUCAAGUAAAGUCGUCUAAGUAGCUGAAGUGAUUCUGAAGGGCUCACGAAUACGCAAAGAUUUUGAACAACCUGCUUCACUUUGCGCACCAAAGUUGCAGUAUAGAUGGUUAAUGCUCGCAUCCAGAUGCUAAAAUCCCACACUUGGGAGUUUUGUCGAUGCAUCUGAACCAAGAGCAUGACUAGGUCGCCUGCCUAUUCUUUUUUGGGGGAGAAAAUCAUGAAAUUGUUGGAUCAUUUGCAUUCUAUUGAUAUUGGUAUGCAUAAUCAAUCAGAUGACCUUAAAUGUAUACUCAUCUUGACUUAGCUCUGAGCCUAAUCUGUGGCUAAAAAAGAUUUAUCUAUUACUAAGUAUGUUGUUGGUCUUGUUUUGAAGAAA